CACCAAGUCUCUAGGUACUGCAACAUGAGAUGAGACAGGAGUCAGGAGGGGCCACCAGAAAUGCAAGACCUAUGCAAGGGACCAGAGGCAGACCCCCAGAAGGAGCAGCUCUCUGAAAAACUAAACAUUGACCAUGGCGGUGUGGGGACAUAUAAUGAAGUGUGUUCAACGGGUGUACCGGAGCAAGUGUUUCCCGGAGGCGUUCUUCAUGAAGGCAGCUCUCAUGAGCUAGUUGGACAUGUGAUGACUCACAAAGAGGAGAAAAUCUGUACUUGCAGAGAAUGUGGCAAAAUGCUGAGCAAUAGACACCUCCUUGCUCAUCAUGAACGGACUCACUCAGGAGCCAAGCCCUGCGAAUGCGCAGAAUGUGGGAAAAUGUUUGGCAAGAACACAAACCUCCUCCAGCACCAUGCGAUCCACACGGGGGAGAAGCCCUUUGAGUGCACAGAGUGUGGGAAGGCCUUCAGCCUCCGGGCCCACCUUGCACGACACCAGCAGUUUUACACUGUGGAAAAGCCCUAUGAGUGCACAGAAUGUGGGAAAGCCUUUAUCCACAGGUCACACUUUGCACAACACCAGCGGAUUCACAGUGGGGAGAAGCCAUAUGAGUGCACAGAGUGUGGGAAAACCUUCAGUCGCAAAUCAUACCUUCUGCGACACCAGUGUAGUCACACAGAGGAGAAGGCCAACCAGUGCAUCGAGUGUGGGAAGGCCUUCAGCCACAGAUCACAUCUUGCACGGCACCAGCGGAUUCACACUGAGGAGAAGCCCUAUGAGUGCACAGAGUGUGGGAAGGCCUUCAACCAAAGGGCACACCUUGCACAGCACCAGCGGAUCCACACCGGGGAGAAGCCCUACAAGUGCAGCGAAUGUGGAAGGACCUUUGCGCACCUCUCCACUUUUGUCCUGCAUAAGAGGAGUCACACCGGGGAAAAGCCCUUUGCCUGCCAGGAGUGUGGGAAAGCCUUUCGUGAUCGGCCAGCCUUAUUUCGUCACUACAGCAUCCACACCGGAGAGAAGCCCUAUGAGUGCAUUGAGUGUGGGAAGGCCUUCAACCGAAAGUCACACCUCACUCAGCACCAAAGGGUUCACACAGGGAGAAGCCUAAUCAGUGUGGCAGAUGUAGGCAGAUCUUUCACAAAUGGGCAAACAGUCCAUGUCCAAGGACUGCUAUUGGUGACAAAUUCUAAAUGUAACUAGUGCAUCGAGUGUGGGAAGGCCUUCAGCCA